GUCACACUGACAUUCCUCAAUCAGCUGUUUUAGUUAUUCUCACAAAUAACAAAGUAAAUUUAGGGGAAUUUGUUUAUUAUUCCCACUCAUUUAGAUAUACGAGAACAACCUAUGAUGGAUGGCCAUCUGCGCCUCCAUAAGGUAGGCGAUUUCGUCGCACCGAAUAUCCAGGAGAAGGUCAGCAAGGCGGGCGGCAACAUGGAGCAGCUUUCGGGCGUGAUGAUAAUCAUCAUCAUCAGUGGCGGAGUACUGCUCUCCCUGAUGCUCUUCAUCUUCGCCAAGCGUCAGAUUAUGCGCUUCCAGUUGCGUGGACGUCGUGGACCUCACGUUCCCGUGGGCAACGAUGCCAAGAAAGGUCUGCGUCGUGAGAUUGAGCGGCGGCUGGAUUGCAUCCCGAAGAUCACGCAGGAACCCAAGCUGCUGUGGAACGACGGGGACAAGUACAUCGUUCAACCGGAGCCGGAGGCACCAUUACCACCGUACUAUUACCGCAUGAAGGCGGUAGAUGAUGUGAAGCUGCUGGAAUCGGAGAUAGCCCGCUCGGAUGGAAGUUCAAGACAUGCACCGGAGAGCCUGAGGGCCUUCCUCCUGACCACACUGUCCGUGACCCUUAACGGAGCCGGGCAGCGGAUGAUUCACCAGUUCUGUGACAUGUACGAGCACGCGCGACACGAUCCCAAUGAGUUCGGCAAGGAUGAGUACGAGGCGUAUCACCAUUUGCUGCUAAAAUUGUUGGAGGCAUCAAAGCAACUGAAGAACUACAAUUCGCGAAAAGCAUCUCCAGCUCGAACUCCUCGCAAGCAAACGAAAAUGCACUCACUGCUGGAUCCUGCCCGCCUCCGCCCACCCACCACCAUGGAGAAUGUACAACCGAGCAGCGAAUUAACUACGGGACAGCAUGCAAAGGUUAACUUAACACUGGGUCUGCAGGGUGGCAGUGGAAGCGGAGGCGAUGGCGAUGCCGAACUGGCCACAAAUCCUCUCCAUCUGCAGGCUCCAUCAGACAGAGAUUUGAUUAUACGCAACAGGAUCAAGACACCAACACUGGACGACAUCAUUGUGGAGGCGGAUCACCACCAGAGCAGCGAUUCCGGAGGAAUAGAGGACAACGAGAUUAAGAGCAUAUCGUCCAUGCAAUAGAGGAACUCCAAUAAUGUGUAGAAGCCUUCAAAAGAUUCCAGUUAAAAGUAGAAUUCGACGUGCAUCGUAAAUAAUUUUUGAAAUGGGAUAUGCUC